UCCAGUUUUGACUUGCAAAUGAAACAUGAGACCUGAGAACUGCGCACCGCAUGAAAAUUUACCACACUACGGACUGCCCUAUCAGAGCGUCGCCCUCAGACGCAUUUUUCUCCACAAACCCACCACUACACCCACCUCCUUCCUUGUAUGAAUGCACAGAAGGAAGUAGAGGAGAGCAGUGCACUUCAAGACCUGAGCAUCGCUGCGUACUCCAGUAACUGUGCAGGGCCCACAAUGGCAGCCACCAGCCUGACCACUGCUUUCACUGCCACAUCCACCUCUAACAUGACAAACUCAACAUCGCUCUCAUGUGAGAUGAAUCAGGUGCCGUCCCAUCCGUUAUUUAUAUCUGCCUACUGCUUAGUCAGUCUGAUCAGUCUGGCAAUGAACACCAUCACGAUGCGAGUGUAUUUCUGCACUUCCCGACGACUCCAGUCCAGUGUCACCAUCUACCUGAAGAACCUGGCUGCUGCCGACUUCUUCAUCUGCCUCUGUCUGCCUCUACGCAUCGCCAAAUACGCCAGCAAGUCUCUAACGAUGCGGAAUAUUUACUGCAACUUCGGGGCCACGGCUUUCUAUCUCAACAUGUACGCCAGCAUUCUCUUCAUGGACUAUAUUGCUGUGAACAGGUAUCUGAAGAUUGUCCAUCCGUUGGAGACGCACCCUCUGCAGACCCCCCGCGCUGCACGUAACAUCUCCAUCGUGACAUGGGUUUGCAUGUCGACAAUGGCAUGCAUAUUCCUCUUCCUUUCGACAUCUUGGAGUGUUGAAUCACAGCGUUUGACUGCCCUUGGCUGUGAUGCUAUAUCUAGCCCCAAACUCUCUUUACUUCACAAGAUAACUCACAGCAUUUCUGCUACAAUCUUCAUCUUCGUUCUGGUCUCAUUGGUAUUCUUUUACUGCGGAACUGUGCGAAGUCUCAGACAAACCGAACAAGGCCAGGGCAGGCCGUGCAACCCUAAGCUCAGGAAGUCCAAGCGCAACAUGCUGGUGCUUGUGGUUGUUUUUUGUGUGUGCUUUGUACCUUAUCACUUGGUGAGACUGCCAUAUGUUUUCCUGAAGCCCCUGAAGAACUGCUCAACAGCUCAUGCAUUCUACACUGUGAAGGAACUUACAGUACUGCUAUCAGUGCUCAAUGCCUGCCUGGACCCACUGAUAUAUUUCUUUUUCUGUAAGGCCUUUAGAGCACAGUUGAGCCUCCGAAAAUACCAAGCCACAUCUAGCUGGCAAUUGACUGAAGCUCCAGGAGAAACGAGGAAAACAAGCAACGAAGAUAGUAAAGGGUUUUCUACACCAAGACGUCAAAGUGUGUUUUAAAUUGAGCCAGUGUCUUACUGAUCCACAGGGUAAAAUAUGAUGUAUU